AUGGGUCCGAGAUAUCAACCCUGUCGUGAAUUUCACAUCGUCGUCCUGGGAGCAGGUGGCGUGGGGAAAAGUUGCUUGACAGCCCAGUUCGUCCACAAUGAAUGGAUCGAGAGCUAUGAUCCGACUAUCGAGGACUCGUACCGGACACAAGUCUCCGUCGAUGGACGCCAAGUGGUCUUAGAGAUCCUCGAUACCGCAGGAACGGAGCAGUUUGUUGCUAUGAGAGAUCUGUACAUGAAGACGGGCCAAGGAUUUCUUCUUGUAUUCAGCAUAACAUCGCCAUCCUCUCUUUCCGAAUUAUACAAUCUGCGAGAGGAGAUAAUCCGUGUCAAAGACGAUGAGAACGUUCCAAUCGUUAUUGUAGGCAACAAGGCCGACCUCGAGGACCAGAGGGCCAUCGCCCGAACGAAGGCGUUUUCGAUCUCCCAGCAAUGGGGCGCACCAUAUUAUGAAGCUAGUGCUAGGACAAGAACGAAUGUGGAUGAGGUCUUCGUAGAUUUGUGCCGGCAAAUGCUGAGGCGGGACGACGUCCACCAAACCAUGCUCGAUAUGGAGGAGGAUGCUUACCAUACCAAAUGGGACAGCGGUAUGGUAGGCAAGAAGAAGAAACGAAGCAAACGACGAGAUCACGGUAAAUGCGUCGUCUUAUGA